UUUACAGGCAUAGACUUUAAAAUAAGAACAAUCGAAUUAGAUGGCAAAAAAAUUAAAUUACAAAUUUGGGAUACUGCUGGCCAGGAGCGUUUUAGAACUAUUACCACCGCAUAUUAUAGAGGCGCCAUGGGUAUUAUGUUAGUCUAUGAUAUAACUCAAGAGAAAUCAUUCGAGAAUAUUAAAAAUUGGAUACGUAACAUAGAGGAGAAUGCAUCAGCCGAUGUUGAGAAAAUGUUAUUGGGCAAUAAAUGUGAAUUAAAUGAAAAAAGACAGGUGAGUUUGAAACUGUUAUAUGUAUGUAGUUAAUUGAAAUUAUUCCUUCUGGUAUUUUUGUAACUGCUUCGUUGCCAACCAAGCCUUUUUAAUAUUCUAUAUACAAAUUAUAAAUAUAUGAAAUAACUUAAUUUGUUCAUAAUAUAUAUGUGUUUGUUAAUAAAAGUUAAAAUGGA